GAGAAUCGCAAGAGAAGUGGAGGGACAAUGGACGUAGUGAUUGCAAUUAGUGACUUACUAGAGACAACUCGAGAUUGCAGCAAAUCAUGUGACGGCAAAACAGAGGUUUUGUACUUUGACAAUUUCUCACCUUCACCUAUUCCACAUAUUGCCUUGACCGCAUUGAGAAAGAUCGACUGGAAAAGUUACGGUUUGAUUCUAGCGAGUGUGAAUGAUCAAGACGGACAUGUGUUUCUCGAAUGGGAGAAUUUCCCUUCAUAUGUUCAAAUCCAAAUCUCCCUCCAUUGGUAUCACAAUCAAUCUCCAACGAGACACAAGACUGAUCAGCCUGGUAUCAAUCUCGUCAAGAAGGGAAUUAAAAACGCUUUGGAUGAUCUAAAGGCUAAACAUGAAGGCUUUCUUCUAAGCUCACAUGCUCGUAAGAUUUGCAGCUAUGUCCCUGAUCUUGCAAGAUCAUUAGCAGGACUAAUCUUCUCUUCGACUGACAUGGACUUCCAAGGAGAUUGCUUCUCUGUUCUUGGCUUUACCCCACAAGAAGCUCAACGUGAGGCUGUUGAAGAAUAUAUCCAGAGAAAGAUCGUUACGGUUAUUGGAAUGAAUGAGAGGAAGCCUCAGAGAGACCAAGAACCUGCUCCGUUCUUGUUUUUCGACGGCGGAUCUGAGACAUCUUUCUUUGAAGAUCAAGAACUAGAAGGUGAGUAUUACUCCAACUCCUUGGAAUUAUGA